UCAGAGUUUACUCAUGAUCUUCCUUAUUUCUGCCUGCAGGAAGGUUUCAAGUACCAACAUGCAGAGGAAGCGUACGUGAUGCUGACUUAUUGGAUCCCUGACGGUUCUAGACUUCUAGUGGUUCAAGAGAAGUAUUGCGGUUCAUCAUUGGAUGGUGCUUGGAAACUCCCCACGGGGUUCAUUCUUGCGGCAAGGAUGUAUUCAAGACUACCGACUAACGCGUGCUCAUGUUCCGAGGACCAGCCACGUGCAGAUCGAUCACCCUGCGCGCCGGCGUAUGCUUUGGCAGCCGGAUCGCGCCAACGGUACAAUCACUCAAUCAGCACCGGCUCGCAGCUUGGAUACUUCAAUUUGUUUUCCGUCUGCGUCCGCUCAAUCGGAUUAGCACGCAGGAGCAUUUAUCACUGCAUUCGUCUCUCCCUCGCCGCGAAAACUACGGCGCGACGGCGACCUACACGGCACCCGUGCGUUCACACGUACGCCGGGCCGGAGAUGCGGAUGCUGCGUGUCAUGUGGGUACGCCGCGCUGAUAUCCUUUGGGAGCCGGGUGGGCCCAACGCCUGUGUCUUCUGUCGGGGGCCCAGAGUUUGCAUGUGGGAGGCCCAUUUUGGAACGCUAGUACGCCAGCAAUUUUCGUGCGUAUCAUAAUUCAGAUUCCUCUCGAAAGGAACUGCUUGUGUAUUUUUCCUGUACCAACUUAUGUGGUCGAAGACGAGGAGCGCUUCGUUUAUCUUACAUUUCGCUGUCCCAGUUGGAAAAUUCGAACGAGU